AAUGUAUGUGAAGUCAAUCUGACCUAUCAGCUAACCAACAUCUUCCAAACUGGAAACCACUUGUUCCAGUACGAUAGUUGUCAUGUGGACACCUCGGGGAGCAGCAUAUCAUCUGGUAUUGUAAACUUCAACACCCGUUCAGGGGAUACCUGGGAUGUCAUUAGUGCCUAUCACGAUGCAAAAAAUGAGAUAAAUGAUUUUUCCAUAUAUGGCAAUGCCUUGCAAGAAAAGGCUGCAUCAAACAGUGGUUCAAUAUCUGGUCUUGAGGGAUUCUGUGACGCGUGGAAGGCAUCCGUCAAAGAUGUCUUGUUUAGAAAUGCGCAGGAUCUUCUCUUUAACAACUUGUAUGUGCUCCCGUCUCAACUUGAAGCCAAUAAGCUUGGUAUCCAGCAUUCUGUCAGUAUGGCAGCCUUGUAUGACACUGGUGUGUCACUUGGGGCA